AUGCAACGAUUUCAACAGAAACCCAAGCAAAAAAAUGAAGCUUAUGCAGUUUCCGGUGUCUUUCCUGCGCCAAACAGUUAUUCCCCAACCAAGUUUUUUGGUUCUAACGUGGAAGUCAACAUGGACAUUAAUAUUAAAAAUUCACUACAUGCGUAA